AUGUUGCCAGUUCGAAACCGAUCUCGCUUCGAUACACUUCCAAAUUCACCAGAUUAAAUUUCCAAAAUAUUGUAAAAAUUUUAAAAAUUUAUUUCGAUCCAUCAUUAUUUAGUCCUCACUGAAUCAAAAAAUGUGUUCACCUUGCGGUCCUUGCAGUCCCUGCGAUCCUUGCUGCGGACCUUUCGAGUGUUCGCCCAAGUGCUACAAUGCCGCCCAGCUGGAGGCUCUGCCACAAUGUGCUCCCCGCAUCCCGCCGCCCUUUCCCAAGUGCAUCACUGUCCAGCAGCCACCGCGGAUGAUCUGCAAGAAGCGAGUGGUGUUCACGGAGAAAAUUGUGCCGGAGCCAAUGGUGGUGAACAGAGCCCGGCAGAUCACCAUUCCGAAGGUUGUGGAUGCCACUCGAGUCAUCAAGGUGCCCAAGCUGAUUUGGGUAUCGCAGAUGGUGCGAGAGCCCAGGGUCAUAUACUACCCCUCCAUGAUCCCCGAUCCCUAUGUGGUAUGCUACCCCAAGCGCGUCUGCGAACCGAGGGAGGUGUGCCAGUCGAUCCUGUGCCAGCCGAAGCCGCAGACCAUCGACAUUCCUCCCCCGAGGGAGUACUGCUGCUAUCCCAAUGGGCCCAUCAACUACAAACCCAGUGCCGCCUGCCCACCCUGCCCCAUUGGACCCUGUGCUCCAGGAGGACCCUGCUGCCCGCUGCCCUGCUUCUCCACAUGCCAAUACCCCGUCGCUGAGGGAAGGUGCGGUCCCUGCGGACCCUGUGGACCUGGAUGCGGACCUUGCGGCCCUUGCGGACCUUGCGGACCCUGCGGACCCUGUGGACCUUGCGGACCAGGCUGCGGUCCAUGCGGACCGUGCGGACCUUUUGGAAUGGGCUGCGGUCCCUGCGGACCUGGACCCUGCGGCUUUGGGCCUUGUGGUCCUUGCUAAACCCCGUAGCAGCAGGAAAAAUACAAAUCUACUGACGUCCCUGCGUUUUGGAAGUCCGCAUCUGCACCCAAAAUAUGCCAGUCCGAAAUAUACUUUUCAAGUUUUGUAUAUUAAAAAAUUACUUUGAUAUCAUA